CACCAUCCAUAGCUUUAUACUCUAUACACCAGGAAAACGUGUCUUAAUCAGAUGGUGUAACAACCAGGAUAAGGGACUACUCAGGUGAGAUGAAGUUCGGUAAGAGCAUUUGUGUGCUCAACGUUGGGGGGACUCGGUAUGCUUUCCCCCGUGAAGUGAUCAGGGAUUUCCCUCUGAAGCGCGUCAGUCGGUUGCACGCGUGCGCCUCUGAGAAAGAGGUCCUCGAGCUUUGCGAUGACUACGACCGGGAUUUGAACGAGUUCUUUUUUGACCGACAUGCACAGGCUUUUGUGUUCAUCAUGCUGUACGUGCGGUCCGGUAAGCUCCGCUUCCUUCCCGGUUUGUGCGAGCUCUCUUUCUACACCGAGAUGGCCUAUUGGGGACUCGAGAGCGCGCACCUGGAGUUCUGCUGCCAAAAGCGUCUGGACGACCGUUUGUCUGAAAUCGGUGUAUCUAGUCUGUCGGAGGAGGACCUGCGAUCCCCGGGAGACGAGUCCCGGUGCGCAACCGGCCAAGAGCACGAAACGGACACGGGGCGCGCAAAGUGGCUCGAGAGGAUUCGCAGAACGUUCGAGGAGCCCAAUUCAUCAAUCGCAGCACAGGUUCUGGCAUCUGUCUCUGUCGUUUUUGUGAUUAUAUCCAUGGUCAUGUUAUGUGCCAGCACCCUUCCCGACUGGGACACGGCCAAACGCAACACCGUGGAAGAACACAGGAUUGUGGAAGCAGUGUGUAUCGGCUGGUUCACUGCUGAGUGUGGGGUGCGUUUCCUCGUGGCCAGGGAUAAGUGGGACUUCCUGCGCCAGCCAUUAAACCUCAUAGACGUGGUGGCCAUCUCUCCCUACUACAUCACAAUCGUGUUAGCCUGGGCGGGGUUGCCGGGGGCGGGGCUAGGGGCUGCCGGGGUGGCGCUGCGGGUGCUGAGGAUGAUGCGGGUGUUCUGGCUGAUGAAGCUGGCCCGUCACUUCCUGGGUUUGCAGACCCUGGGUCUGACCCUGCGCCGCUGCUACCGGGAAAUGCUCAUGCUGCUCGUGUUUGUCUGUGUCGCCAUGGCGAUCUACAGCGCUCUAGCCCAGCUGCUAGAGUACGGCCUGGACCUCGGGGGCCGUAACCACGACUACGCCAGCAUCCCGGCGGCUGCGUGGUGGGUCAUCAUCUCCAUGACGACGGUGGGGUACGGAGACGUGUACCCGGUGACCAUGGGAGGGCGUGUCCUGGGAGGAGUGUGUGUGGUGAGUGGUAUUGUCCUCCUGGCUCUGCCCAUCACCUUCAUCUACCACAGCUUUGUGCAGUGCUACCAGGAAGUGAAGCUGCGCUCGGAGAGAUACACACGUAGCCUGUCAAGCCAGAUACCGCACUGAGCUUGACCCACUCACAACCUCCUGGAGUUCAUGCACCCAAGCACCUGCAUCAGCCUGUGGACUAACGACCCAGAGGAUUCCCUCUCUGUAACAGCUGUGGGUAUCCUGGGGGCAACACUGACACUCUUUGGGGAGUUGGACUCUUUGGACUCAUAUCACUAUUUGCUUCCUGGCGACAUGUUUACAACCCUCGGAUCCUUUUUAUUCCAAGGGUUCCAUCCUGUUUUAACUGGCUUUGAUGUUUCCACCAAUCACAUGCCACCAUCUGGGCAGGAAAUUUACAUACAUAAACAUUGUCAUAUUUCAAGCUGUUGAGUCUCAGAUCCUGUUUGCAUUGCAGUCUCAUGGUAAACAACUAAACGGCCGAUGUGUGCGCAUGUGUGUGUCGUCAAGAGGCCCGUGUCCAGAUGGUGACGUAAAUUGAGACCCAGAUGCUCCCCGUUACUAUGGUACCCCACCUACCUGUGAAGUAGAAAGGGGGAUGGGGAGAAGAAGGGAAGGAGAGAGUCAUGGAAAGAUAGGUGUUAGACAAGCAGGCUCAAGGAAACAGACAGAAAGAAAACUGAGUGAUAAACAGAGAUGGGAAGACAAAGAUGGAGAGAGAUGAGAAAUCCUGACAGCCAGCAUGUACAAAGAGAAGCAGCAUGUACUCAACGGAGUGAGAGAACAGAAGAGAAACAAUAUCUCCAAGGCAACAGACUUUCCCACAUUUCAUGUAGCCUGUCAGUCACAUACUGGAGCCCUGAACAAAAGUAUCAGGUUUUCACCCCAGCGUACACUGUCCUGAACACGUCACAUACUGUACUCAACAGACAUGCAGACAGACUCUCACACACACGUCUGCGCACAUGUUCAGACCAACAAACAUCAGCAAAGAAUCCGACCAGCACCACCUGUCCGGUGCUCCGUCACAGUUAGACGAUUGGGCGAGGAGAGACGCGUUCUAAAAAGAUGAGCCGACACCUCUCCCACAUAACACUCCCUCGUCCCUCGUCCCUCCUCGCCUCCUCCUUGUUUGUUCCUCCUUCUGCCAUCUCUGCGUCUCUACACACUAGUGGUAGCAUCAGACUAUGGCUCCAGGCUAUAUUCUUAGAGAGUAUGUGAGAACUUGUUCUUUGUCUUGAAGUUUUCCCCUGUCCUGUUCAAGCUCUGCUUAAAAUUUCCUGAGAUACUCAAAUAUUGGCUAAAGAAAGUUUGUCCACGACGGUAGCUUACUUAAUUUGUCUGUUGUAAAAAGACUGCAGUAUGUGUUGUGUUGUAUGGUGAAGGGUUAAACAUGACUGGACUUGUGAUACAUGUAAUUUGUAGCCUCUUGAUAAGAAUUUGUAAUAAUUCACUUUAAAUUCCAGUUUUUUACAAUCAAUUUGACACUAAUGUCAGAACCUUGAUGUCCGUUUUCAAAACUCAACACAGAACUCAGAUUAUCAAAAUGCAUUUUCUUUUAAACGCCAACACAAUUUUCAAUUGCUUGGAUACAAUACACAAUCAAGUUAGAUCAUUUCUUCAUUGAACUGUAAUAAUCUGUUCAAAAUGACACAACUAAACAUCAAAGUAUCACCAUUAAAAAAUGAAAUUCACACAUAACAUCUGAAAUGUCUGUCAUUUCCUUACAUUACAAUGAUCUAACGGUCAAC